AAUAUUUAGCAAUUCAUGUUUCUUGAGAUCUUGGAUCUUUGAGUGCCAUAAUUCCUCAGCUUCAAAAAACAACAUUACCCAUCAUGCGUGACGAUGACGUAGAAAACAAGAGCCUUCAAGAUGGUGCUCGAAAGUACUAUGGUCUGUGUGGACAACAGUGAGUACAUGCGCAAUGGCGACUUUCUUCCCACCAGGCUUCAGGCUCAGCAGGAUGCAGUCAAUAUUGUUUGUCACUCCAAGACUCGCAGCAACCCUGAAAACAACGUGGGCCUCAUCACCAUGGCAAACAACUGUGAAGUGCUGACAACACUGACUCCAGACACAGGGAGGAUACUGUCAAAGCUUCAUGCUGUGCAGCCUCGUGGGAAUAUCAGCUUCUGCACCGGCAUCAGGGUAGCACAUUUGGCAUUGAAGCACAGACAGGGCAAAAACCACAAGAUGCGCAUCAUUGCGUUCGUUGGCAGUCCAGUGGAGGACAAUGAAAAAGAGCUGGUCAAAAUGGCAAAACGUCUGAAGAAAGAAAAAGUUAAUGUUGAUAUCAUUAACUUUGGAGAGGAGGAAAUGAAUACAGAAAAACUGACAGCCUUCAUCAACACGUUGAACGGUAAAGAGGGCACGGGCUCCCAUCUGGUCACAGUGCCUCCUGGCCCAAGUCUGGCGGACGCGCUACUGUCCUCUCCCAUUCUUGCCGGGGAAGGCGGUGCGGUGUUAGGUCUAGGUGCCAGUGACUUUGAGUUUGGAGUGGAUCCCAGUGCAGACCCAGAGCUGGCCCUGGCACUGAGGGUGUCGAUGGAGGAGCAGAGACAACGGCAAGAGGAUGAAGCCCGCAGAGCCGCUGUGGCAUCAGCUACUGAAGCUGGCAUUUCCUCACCUGCAGAUGAGUCUGAGGAUGCCCUGUUGAAGAUGUCUGUUCCAAAUACGGACUCUGUUACGCCUGCCUUGCCUGACUUCAGCCGCAUGACGGAGGACGAACAGAUUGCCUAUGCUCUGCAGAUGUCCAUGCAAGGAUCAGCAGCAGAGUUUGGUGGUGAGGACAUGGACACAGGUGCUGACAUGGACUCAAAUGAGACAAAGGAUGAAGAAGACUAUGACGUAAUGCAGGAUCCAGAGUUCCUUCAAAGUGUCCUGGAGAACCUUCCCGGCGUUGACCCCAACAACGAGGCCAUCCGUAACGCUAUGGGCUCGCUGGCCUCACAGACUGGUCCUAAACCUGACACCAAGAAGGAUGAGGAGAAAAAGAAAUGAACAGCGAGGAAGAUCAUAUAUUCUAUGAUCACUUAAUAUUUCUGAGGAUGUGGGUGUAUUUCAAAGAACACCAUUUACUUUCCCCAGCACUGUUUUGCUUUUGUCUUUUUUUUUUCAUAACAUCUUCAUGUUGCUGUCUAAACUUUACCUCUAACUUAAGGUUGAAUUAAAAUGUCUCUCAUAAUUUUUCUAAAUGCCGAACAGUUUUCAACUCACAAUCCAAAAUAAAUUCACAGAAACCU